AUGUUAUCAUCACAAUUUCCUCAUUACACCACUGCCGUUGUGGCCAUUUUCACACUUGUUUGCAUCUGGCUUCUCAAGUGUAUAUAUAACAUAUACUACCACCCACUUGCAGCCUUUCCAGGCCCCAAGUGGGCAUGUGCCUCUGAUUGGUAUUAUGCUCGAUGGUAUACAAGCGGGAAUUGGCCUUUUCUCGUACGAGACCUGCAUCAGAAAUAUGGAGACGUGCUGCGCAUAGGACCAAACGAGUUGUCUUUCAACACGCCCACGGCCCUCAAGGACAUCUACAGCCACGCUACCAAGGGUCGAAGACCGUUCCUCAAGUCGGACUUUUACGAUUUUGCGCACGGCAGGCCUGAUAUUGUCGCCGUCAGAGAUCCUGUCGAGCACUCGAUUCAACGGCGACAAUUGGCUCAUGCAUUUAGUACCAAGAGUCUGCGCGGGCAAGAGGGCAUUAUUCAGGGCUAUCUGGAUCAUUUUGUGGACCAAAUGGGCAAGCUGAGUAGUGAAAAUGGUGGUAUAGAAAUUGGAGAGGCCUUCAAUUGGCUAACCUUUGAUAUUAUUGGGGAUCUCGCGUUUGGAGAGUCCUUUGGGGACGUAGCAUCUGGCAAGACACACUUUUGGGUCGAAGUCAUCAUGAGCAGCUUUUUUGUCAUAACACUCGCCAAUAUUCGCAAGCGCAUUCCUGCCAGCGUGCUUGCCCUGCCCUUUCUCAUCCCCAUGAGCUUCCUCUCCAACGUCAAGAAGCACCAGAAAUUGACGCUGGAGAAGACGCGCAAGCGUGUUGCGCUUGGUGACAUGGGCCGGGAUGACUUUUUCAGUCAUCUCUUGAAGAAUCAGGGGGGGAAGCUUGAUGAGCAGUACCUCUCGAACCAGGCCAAUGUCCUGAUUGUCGCCGGCAGCGAAACGACGGCCACCUUUUUGGGCGCGGUCACUUACUUUUUACUCAAGAGCCCCGAAACCCUCGCCAAGCUGCAGCACGAAGUGCGAACCGAGUUCUCGACGUAUGACCAGAUCAACGGCGACACGGCAACUUCACUCCCCUAUCUCGAGGCCGUCAUUGAGGAAGGACUCCGACUGUUCCCACCCGCGGCCAUUGGCCUGCCACGAGAGUGCCCCGGUGCUCACAUUGACGGUCACUGGGUACCUGAAGGCGCUAUUGUAUCGACAAACCCAUUUUCUCUAACACGCGACCCGCGGUACUGGAGCCGGCCCAAUGAUUUUGUUCCCGAGCGGUGGAUUGGCGAGGGCUUGGCCGGAGACAAUCGGGCAGCGAGCCAGCCGUUCAGUAUCGGACCACGUGCGUGCCUGGGCAUCAACCUGGCCAAGGUAGAAGCGAGACUCACGCUGGCCAAGCUAGCCUGGAAGUACGACUGGGAGUUGUUGAAUAAGGAGGUGGACCUGCUGAAAGAGUCCAAGUUGUUCACCUUGUGGCAAAAGCCAGAUGUCAGGGUUAAGUUUACUGUCACAGGAGGGUUGGCUUAG